AUGUCUUCUAAUAACUCAUCAAGCAUUGGCACUGGGCUAACCUCGGACGAUCCAGCAUUUUGGAGUCAACCGACACCAAUUGAUUGUACAACAGUGCGAAUUAUAGGAAUACUUUUAUGUGUAGCCACAUUGGUCGGUAUUUUUUUAAAUGGAGCACUUUUAAUUAGUUUCAUACGACACAAAGAACUUCGCACACCACCAAAUAUCUUUAUAAUGUUUAUUUCAUUUAUUGGUUUGAUUGCUUCUAGCGUUAAUCUACCUCUAACAGGUUCAUCAUCGGUCUUUUGUCAUUGGCUAUAUAGUCGUCAAGGAUGUCAAUUAGAAGGUCUAACAGCAUUUCUCUACGGAUGUUCAAGUUGCUAUCUGCUUUGUACUGUUAGUAUCAGUCGAUGCUAUAUCAUCAUUCGGCCAUUCAAUGCUAAAUCAGUUACAGUAAAAAAAAGUGUCGUUACUUGCUGCAUCGCUAUAUUAAUUGCAUUACUUUGGACAAUAUUACCUUUAGUGGGUUGGAAUGAAUAUACUUUGGAAAGAUCUCGUACAUCCUGUUGCACGAAUUUAUAUGAUCGACGCCGUCUAUUUGUUUCAUUCAAUAUAUUCAUAUUCGUGGUUGUUUAUUGUGUACCAUUGAUUAUUCUUCUCAUAACGAAUUCAAUAAUUUAUAGAGGAAUUAAAGGUAUGCGCAAGAAAGUUGCUCAAGGUGUUAAAACAGAAUUGAGUCAAAAGCGGAUUGAAAUGGAACGACGUGUUCUCAAGACUGUUGUUAUCACCGUCGUUGGUUUUCUUUUCACAUGGACACCAUACGCAAUUACAUUUUUUAUAUCAGCAUUUGGCGCACCCGAAGCGAAUGUGUCACCAAUGGCAACAUUUAUCUGUGCUUGUUUUGCGAAAACAUCCAUGAUCUGGAUUCCGACACUUUAUAUGAGCACAUCAACACAAUUUCGAUUUAGUUUAGUCGAUAAAAGUUCACUUGAAAAGCUUGGUGGAGUAUCAACAACUGGUGGAGAUGGUCCAAAUGUUGCUGCUAUUACACGAGGAAAAGCAGACAACCUUACUGCAACUGGUAUUAAUGCCAACAAAAACGAUUAG